GCGGGUUGCUGCAGGCGGCAGAGGCGCUGGGUCUGACAGAGCAAGAGGGCGCUGCAGCUGCGGAGCGGCGCUCCCGGGGAAGGAAGGAAGAAGGGCUGAGAGAGGCGCUGUUGGCAAGCUGCAGCCCAGGAACAGCCAGAGGGGGAGGCGCUGCGGCGAAGGAGCGGGGCACUGAGUCCAGGGAUGCGCCGCCAGCCCCAACUCCCCAGCCACAGAGCGAACUUGCAGCGACCUGCCCACAGACUGCACCCGUCCUCAACACCAACCUUUUAAUUAGUGGGAUUUUUAUUUUGGAGGGGGAAAGGGAGGUGGCUGGGGCGGAGGGAAGAAAGGGCGCAGGUGACUGCAAUACCUCCCACCCGUCCCAUUUUAUUUGACAGCAAGACUGGAGAACGUCAGGAGCGGUGACAGCAAAGCGCCUUCUACCUCCACCAGAAGCCCCAUUGUCAUUAGCAACGUGAAUGGAGGCGAGGCAGUCAAGAGUGAAAAGUUUAUGUAGCCCGGCCCCGGCAGCUGCUGGUUGUCUUUCGUUGUUAAAGCCCACCUUUUUAUUUCAAAAGGAGUAAUCAGUGCAUUAACUUUGUCCAAGUAGAUAGGGAGAGAAGAUAUUGUGGAAGUGUCUGCGAGCAUCCUGGAAUUUGCCAACGUGAUGAUGCUGAAGUGGUCAGAGGAAUGGUUUUGACUGAAGCCCACUCUCUGGCUGGAACGGGGGUCCUGCAAAUCGCCCGGGUCGAGAUUUUAUUCGCUCACCGGCAGAUUUUACUGAGAACAGUAACUGCAUUUCUCUGAUUGUCACCUGAGUCUAUAAAGUGGAGGGAAGGAUGCACUCCAAUGUGUACAGAGCGAGAGCCGAAAAGCAGAAGGGAAGGCACAAUUGUGUGAGUGUGGAAGUGUUUCUGCGGGGAGGCGCGCCGUGGGGAUUCACGUUGAAAGGUGGCCUUGAACAUGGGGAGCCGUUGAUCAUUUCGAAGAUUGAGGAAGGGGGGAAAGCGGAUUUGCUCACAAGCAAGCUGCAGGUGGGAGACGAAGUGGUCAAUAUCAAUGAUGUGGAGCUGAGCGGCUAUAGACAAGAGGCCAUUACGUUGGUAAAAGGCUCCUACAAGACUCUGAAGCUGCUCAUUCGCAGGCGGACUGAACCCACAGCCCGACCUCACUCCUGGCAUUCUACAAAAUUAGCUGAAAACCAACCGGAUUCAAGCAUGAUGCAAAUAUCUCAGGGCACGAUCAGCACUCCUUGGCAUCAAACCUACCAUUCCAGUUCUUCUACCAGUGACCUCUCAGGCUACGAUCAUGGGUAUCUAAGAAGGAGUCCUGAUCAGUAUAGUUCAAGAGGGAGCAUGGAAAGCCUGGACCAUACCAAUCUUCCUUAUCACUCUUGCAACCUCUCACCUGCUAAAUCCACCAACAGUAUCGAUCAGCUUUCUCAUCAUCACAGCAAAAGAGACUCUGCCUACAGCUCCUUUUCUACAAGCUCCAGCAUUCCUGAAUAUCCAGCUCCAACCUUCCGUAAUGAACGUUCCUAUUCCAUGGAAAACAUGCCUUCCAGGAAUAGUCUACAUGAAGGAAUCAGACAGGCUGAUAUAAAGUAUGUAAAAACGGUCUACGACUCCCACAGAGGAAUAUCCGAGGAACGUGAGGUCAGCUGUCCUUCAACGAUAAAAAGUUCUAAUGGUCGAUCCCAGACUGAUCCCAGAAGCUAUUACAAGCCCUACAGUGGCAACAGACACAGUAUUGGUCCAGUGUGGAAUAACCCAAGCAGGGGCUCUUUUGAGCUGGACAAUAAAGCACCUCCUCUUCCUCCGACCCGCAGUGACAGCUUCAUGGCAAUCAAAAGCCAUGAUAAGCCCACGUCCUGGUCAAGUCUGGAUGGACAGAGCAAGCCUGUUCGACCUCAACAAAAGGGAACGUGGCCUCAUCCAACCAACACAGGCUCUUCUGGACAAGGUCAUCCACUGAAGCCUCUAUUUAUAGAAGGACAACUCAACACAGUGAUGGAGAAGAGCCCUGAAAGUAGCCCAGUUACUCAACCUAAGCACAGUUACAUCCAAACACCACAGCCAGGUCAACCCAUGCUACCAACCGGAAUUUAUCCUGUGCCCCAGCCUGAACCACGGUAUGCACAGGCACCAACCAAUAACAGCAAUUUCAUGCUUCAAAGCAACAAUAAUGGGUUGUACCCCGCUCUAAGUAGAGAAAGUACACUCAGUGCUCAAAAUUCAGCUGAAAGGACUAAAUGCACUCCAUGUAAUGAGGAAAGCAAAGACCAAAGCAUUGGCAAUAAGUCUGGUCUUUAUCAACCCAAUGCUGCACUUGGUCCUGACAACAAAUAUGAGAUGGCUCCAGAGCACACACAGGGACAAUAUGGUCACUACAAGGUGCAUGUCUUCCCUGACACUGUUCCAGUGUUGCCUGACAUCGGGCACCAGUCCUGUCCAAGUGCACCGUCAGGUGUCAGCACCAGUACAGUGGAUGCACAGUAUUCUGGUGGAAACAGUGAACUGCCACAAGCCCAGCAAAGAAGGAAAAGCAGUGAGAAAGGUUUGUCUGUUCAGCGAACUGAGAGCUGGCAAGGAAAAGGCCAAACUGAUGGAGAGUCUUAUCAGUGGAAAACUGAGCAGGAAAAUCAGUCAUCUUGGAUGCAGGAUGGAGACAGACAGAGUUCUCCAUUCUGGCAAAAUCAACAAGAAAGUAAAAUGAGCCACUGUAAGCAACAAAAUUUGGAUGCAAAAAUCUCACAGCAGUGGGAAAGUUACAGCGACAUCAGAUUAUCCCAAAAGUUGGACCAAGACAGGAAAGAGCAGGUCUCUGACCACUGGGGAAACUAUGAAAAACAAUUAUGUCCCAGACGCUACAGUGAAGUGAUCAACACUGUUCAGCCAAAGUUUCAGGAACAGAGCCAGUGCCAAGAACAGCAGGGUAAACCCGACUCCGGGAGAUCCAGGUACAGUUCCAGCAGCACCCAAAGUUCCCAGAGCGGGCAGUUUGCAAAACCUGAAGUUACCAAACGCUCCUCUGUUCUGGAGGCCGUCAAUAUGAUUGAACAACGGGAACACGACGAAAGAGUUCCGAAUGCACGAGGAUUUCACUUGGGUUCACACUCGGUCAGGUUAAGCCAGUCUUCCAGCUCAAGGAAUUCACUGAACAGCCUGGAAGAUGCUCGGAGCAGGGCCGCUGAUCCCCAGCCAGCGAGACAGCCAGUUGCUCCGAUGAUGAACCUAAUAACUGCAGACAAGACCCCGAUCCUUCACCACCUGACAUGCGAGAGCAGGGAUGUGAGCAGCAGGUCAGAGGACCCAAGACGUCAGGAGAGGGAGUUGCAUUUCACUGCUAAAACUGCUCAAAGGAACGACAGGACCCCAAUCCCCAUUGCAAACAAGGGCCCCCAGCUCACCAAGAGCAGAAGCUCUCUCCAGCUGAUGGAGAAAGGCGAGAGGGACACCCUCUGGGAAGAUGACAUCUCAGGUUCUCCUCCUGACAACGCCUUUAACCGAGCCUACAGGAACAGCCUGAAGGAUGCCCAGAGCAAGGUCCUGCGGGCCACCUCCUUCCGCCGCAAGGACCUGGACUUAACCCCUCCCUACCUGAGCAAGCCAAAGGGCCUGGAGCGGCCGGCCUCGGCCCACGUGGGCUCGGCCUCCCAGGCCAAGCUGCCGCACGCCCCGAGGGAGAGGCACUGCGUCACCCCGACGGAGGAGAGGCAGGAGCCACGGGAGGCGCCGGUCAGCCAGCAGGUGGCCCGCAUCGGCGGCAGGAGGCGGCUGACGGCCGAGCAGAAGAAGCGCUCGUACUCGGAGCCCGAGAAGAUCAACGAGCUGGGCGUGGGAGCGGGCGAGGCGCGGCACAAGGAGCGCACCUUCACCUUCCCCGAGGCGGCCGAGCUGCGCUCGGUGGCCGACAGGCGGCGGCUGUUCGAGCGCGACGCCCGCACCCUGUCCACCGCCAACCUGUCGCGGCCGGAGCUGAAGCAGCUGCAGCAGACCGCUCUCGCCGACUACAUCCACCGCAAGACGGGCAGGAGGCCGCAGCUGGCGGCCGGCGGGGCCCGGGAGCGCUCCCAGAGCGUCUACCUGCAGCAGGCCCGGGCCGACGGCAUCAGCCUCUCCUCCUGCUCCAGCCUCAGCUCCUUGUGCGAAGCGGGGAGCAUCGCCGCCGGCCGACAGCCCCCCACCCCCGGCUCCGCUUCGCCGCCGCCGCCACCACCCCCCAACCAAGCCCGGGCCGGCGUGGACAGGUGCUACGGCUCCGAGCUGACGCUGAACCAAACGCCGCCUCACGACGGGGGGCGGGACCCCCGCCACAGCCGGCAGGCUCCCGGCCACCAGCAGCAGCAGCCACCGCCCCCCUUUGACCGGCACUCGUCAGCAAGGAACUCCGGCAAGUUCGCCUCCGCCGAUAACUUGCUGGAAAGGGCCGAGGACCCGGUCGCCGUCCACGUCCGCUCCCGGUCCUCGCCCUCCACCCAGAUGGUCUCUCAGGAUGUUCUGUGUGCUAUGAACAGACCCUCAGGCUUUCCUGCAAAGGAUCUAAUUUCUUCUUCGUCCAAAACGAUGGGCACUGAUUGCAUGAGCAACUUUUAUGGGGCUCCAUUAGCACCCGGUUCAAGAGUACAGCAAGUGUCCAGACCACAGCGCUCUGACUGCAGCCGGCAGCUCGUCCGGGCAGCCUCUCAAGACUGGUCUUUUAACAACGAUGGCAGAAGCAGACUCAUGGGACCACCUCUGUCAACCAGUUACGAGAAUGAAUUGAAUCCCCUUGCUGUGAACAAAUUGCCCGUUCGAAAUGAGAAACACAAAUCACUGGAGGGUUACAGGCCCAGCAGCACUUCCUGCAUCAGGCAGCUGUCAAACACGGGGCAAUUCAACUAUUGGUCUGCCUCGGAGACGCCAGCACAGGACAAAGCAGCUUCAGAACACUACAGCAAAUCCAUCCCCAGUGGUCAAGAAAACAAGAACAGCAAACCUACAGCCGCAGCACAAGAGGCUUAUAAAAACUACCUUCCAGAAGAAACUGGGACUCCAAUUGCAUUGAAGAAAAGGCCAAUCCCGCCACAGAGACCUCCAGCUCCUAAACUGAAGUGGAUCAAUUCAGUAAAUGAUGACUCAGCCAAAAGGGGCCCAUUUCCUCCAAUUGCUGGGUCAAAUCACCACCAGCCUGAAAGGGACCAGUGUCACGUUGUAGAAAGUGACACCACUUGGGAGCCUGAGCUACCACCUGUUCGACCAUCUUCCCCUCAGUCCAGCUUUCACUCACUCUCUUCUCUGUCAGAGUCACGAUUCCGGUCACUCUCAUCGUUCACAGAUGAGGACGAUGUGUUUAUCCAAGAUCUGGACCCUCAGGCCCUUGCUGGAGGUUUACAGCCACUUCCACCCCCACCCCCACCUCCACCUCCACAGGAUCCCAGAGCUGUCCCAGAGAACAGUGACCGCGAGUUUCCACUGCUGCCUUCUCCAAUUACCUUUAAAGAUCAGAGAACAGAGGAAUUAUUUAACAGGAGUGAUGAGCAAGCUGUGACCAGGUUUUCAGAGAAUGAUCCCACCAGGGGCAAGAUGCCUGUGAUAAAUGGUGCAGAUAAAAAUCUCCAAGCGAUCCCACACUGCAGUUGCUCUGUCCAACGCAACAGCAGUGUUAAUGCAUUGACCCCUCUUACAACCCGGGAAGAAGCCCACUCAUCCCAAACUGAGCAUCACCAAAGCCAGAGCUGGGACACCUCAUGUGUUCAAACACAAAACCCAGCCACAAGCCAGGAAAGCUCAGACUGCAAAUACGCUUCAGUGCUGCUGGAAGUGAACAAGAAGUCACCCGAGGACCUCAAGUCAGAAGAACUUGCCAAGCAGAUCAUCGGCAAAGACAAGUCUUUGGCAGAGAUUUUAGACCCAGACUCAAAUAUGAAGACAACCAUGGACUUGAUGGAGGGCAUUUUCCCCAGGGGCAGCACGGUGAGACAGGAGGCACAACACCGAAGGCCAAGGUUACAAAAGAUGGCCAACAAAUCUGUAUCUGAGGAGGAUAAGAAAGAGGAGAAAGAGACAGGAGCAGCCUCAGCACAUUGUCCCACUUACUAUAGCACGUCGGCCCUCAAAGCUGAGCUGAUGAAUAAGAUAAGGGACAUGCAGGGAAAUGAUGCUGAAGAGGAGGAGGAGGACGUACCAGACAUCAACGAGAAAAAGACUGAGCUAAUUGAAAGCAUAACACAUAAAAUUCAAACCCUGCGUGAAGCCAAGGAGAGCCUAGCAGCUGACAUUAAACUAAAUAGUGCUCUGGGUGAGGAAGUGGAGAUCAUGAUUAAAGGCUUGUGCAAGUCCAACGAAUUUGAGAAGUAUAAGAUGUUCAUUGGCGAUUUGGAUAAGGUCGUGAACUUGCUGCUUUCCCUCUCUGGUCGUUUGGCACGAGUGGAAAAUGUCUUGAAGACUCUGGAUGAAAAUGCAAACGCAGAGGAGCGUAAUCUGUUGAAUGAAAAGCGUAGACUUCUGACCAGUCAGCAUGAGGAUGCGAAGGAACUGAAAGAGAACCUGGAUCGCAGGGCAGGCGUGGUCCUGGAUAUCCUGGAGAACUACUUGACAGCGGAACAACUCGAAGACUACCAGCACUUUGUGAAGAUGAAGGCAGCCCUGCUGAUGGAGCAGCGGGAGCUGGAUGACAAGAUCAAGCUGGGUGAGGAGCAGCUCAAGUGUUUGUUGGAAAGCCUGCCUGCUGAUUUUAUAUCACAAAGGACUGCUCCCUCACCCAUCAGCCACUCCCAGCCUAGCACCUCACUGCAAAAAUUUACCUCUUCCCUUUAAAAAGAAAAUAAGGGAUUUUUUUUUCAGGUUUUAACAGUAAACAAUAAACAAGGAUAUAGAAGACAGCAUAUUUAAAGUGCUAUCAGAGUCCAUAUUUUAAAGAAGCAAUGGCUAGCAUGGUUUGGGCAGAAGAUACUCCUUGUGGGAACAUAACUACGUGCAAAUCUGCAACAGCACUACACUUGAAAAUUCCCAUGAAGAGAGGGAGAGAGAGAGAAGGAUCUUUUCAAAAGUGACAUUUGAAAUACUUGUUUUAAAAGGACCCUUCGAAGGAAGACAGCAGAGCGAAAGGUCUCUGCGUAAAAGAUAUUUUAAAAGCAAUAAGAAAACAUUUUGUAGCCUUGCCAAUAACAUCAGAGAAUUACUACUAUUUAUAAUUUUGAAGUAUAAGAUUCUGUACAUACACUAACCUUUCAUGGUUCUAUUGUGUAGGGGAAAAAGUCUAAUUUUGUAAGAAAAUAACUUUUGGAGAGAAAUACAACCCAUAUCACAAAAAAUGAUUGUAAUCUACUGAAUUUUUGCUUUUCUAUUAACAAUGAAGGACUUAGGAUCGCCUGGAACAGAGAAAGCUGGAGUUGAACAAUCAUUUCUGAACCAUACGCUGACAAUUGAACACUUCUUUCAAAGUAACUUUGAUGAUGAGUUUCCACUUCUUUUAACUCAUGCCAAAUUGUCAGUAACUUACACUUUUCAAAAUGAUGUUGGUAAGCUAAAGGAAUUUAUACAUAUGCAUUUUUGUCCUAAUGUUUGAUGGUUAGACAUGACCCCCAGUAGCUGGAUAAUCAUCCUUCUGUACAGCUGGUAGAGAUUAUUGACCUCUGAAGACCACUCGGCAUGGCUCACCAUGGCAGGAAGGCAUGAGUCCUUCAGUUCUCCCAUUAUUUAUACCGAGGUCGGACUACAUUGAAAAUGCAACUUUAGAUGGCCGGGGUCUGUGGAAAAUGUAGAACACUGAUUUGUUUCUGAAGUGCCCUCCGUGAAUGAAGGAAGUCAAAAUUGGUACACCUUACAACCGAAGCUCAGCUGUUUGCAGAGAGUUCCCAUCUCUAUUUGUGUAAUGUGAUGUUAAUUGUAGUAUUGGAAAAGCAGUUUACAGUGCCGAUGUGCACAGCUCCACCCACAGAGCCCUAUUUAUGUGGGUUUGCUAAUGCAUUGGAUCAGUUGGGUAAAACCUAAAACUUUAACACUUGCUUUUCUCGUUCCCUUUUAAAAUAUUCUGAUUCCUCAAUAUACUGAGCUGUAUGUACACCACUGUACCAAAUACUAACUUUCUGGAGAGCAGGCCAUGAGGUGGAAGAUGUGUUGGGAAUCUUCAUCUUCCGGCCGUUGUCAGAUCCAGGUUUUACUUAUUUUAAGCUUUGUCGCUGCACCUGACGAAAUGUUUUUUUUUGUAAUGAAUAAUUGCUCAUGCUUGAUUGUAACGCCAACUUUUUUUUAUUCAAGAGGACAAUGACUUUUCAGUGUUCAAUCACAACUUGGCUAUGGUCACAGCUGUACUUAUUCAAUACGUUUUUCAUAGCCAUUCUGAGUCUUUUCCAGACAGUGCUGUGAAACACAUUGCAUGGCUUCUCACAAAUCAGCCAGUAGUACAGUAUGUGAAAUAAAUUAAUUGCCAUACUUCUCACAGUUAAAUGUGUUCUUGAGAUUUGUUCUCAACCAGAAAUCAUGACAUUGAAGCUUGCAAACCACUUACUGCUGCAGACAAUAAAAAUGAUGAGUGUCA